AUGGUGGAAGCCAUUGGGAUUCCUCCUCCGGAGCCAUCGUUCUCCUCACCUUCCAGUUCAAGGAAACGCGGCAGCGGUGGCUGCUACUGCCGCAUUCGGUCUUGUUGUUCGAGACGAAUUUUCUCGCAGAACAAUGCGAAUUUCGAACGGAGCGCGGUUCCGUCGCGGUUCAUGUACUAUCGCUGUGGUUCUUGGUUGAAUUUCUCGGACGAUGAUUUACAAACGGUGCGUACAGGUUUCUUGGAGCGGAAACCAAUUAUUGAAGCAGUGAUCGACGGUGCAAAGUAUAUAAUUGAUUUUAAGAGGAUGCAGCAGAUCAAUUACUUGACAGGAAAUUGGCGGUCAGUUGCUUGGAUCGAUGAAGAUGGCAAGUGUUUUUUCCCCAACGUGUUUUUCUGCAAUGAAGACUUGUGCAAAUCUGAAUAUGAAAACGAAAGGGAUGAUGAUAUCAACUGCGACUGCAAAAAGAAGAAUAAUCGCACUCCUGAGAUUGAUAUUGUGAGUAAAAUUGAUCGAACUUCUUCGGAAAGAAAGCAAGUUGAUGGGUCAGAAAGUUCCUCUGACAAAGCCGUGGGAGUAAGUGUGAUUAGAACUGUUGAAUGGCCUAAUGCGAAAAGGUUGAAAGAAACAGAGAGAGAGUAUAUGGUCGUUUAUAACCAUUUCUUUGACGGAAUAAGGAGGGUAGAUAAUGGAGCUAGCGUUACUUCGAUUUAUCAGUGCAAUUGGGAAACGCAUUUGGAUAAGGCAAGGCUUGUAAUUUUCCAGAAACAGAUUGAGAUUACUAAGGCUGAAAGAGGCACUUCAAAUGUGACUUAUGCGUGGUAUGGGGCUUCCGCCAAGGUUGUGGGAAGUGUUUUGGCUUAUGGUUUUGGGUUGCCCAAUAAGGUAACUCCUAUUGAUGUUUACGGGAAUGGCGUUUAUCUGUCUACCGUAGAGUUGCCACACUUGAGUGCAAUUCUAGCUGAUGCAGAUGAAAAUGGUGUGAGACAUCUUAUUCUGUGCCGAGUUAUAUUGGGAAAUAUUGAGAAAGUGGAAGCUGGAUCUCAACAAUAUCUCUCAUCAAGUGUGAAUUUUGAUACUGGUUCUGAUGAUCCUAGCAACCCAAGAAGUUAA